AUGGCGCCCAAGAGGAAGGCGCCCGAAGAGCAAAAGAUCGCCACCGUCUUGAAGAAACUGCACGUGACGCAACAAAGCUUCAAGCUCUUGUCGGAGGCCUUGCAUCAUCCCCUCAGCGACCUCCCCGAGGACUGUCGUCAGAUGCUGCUGGCUGGGCUACCCUUCAGCGUUUGUGUGUUUCAAGAUGAGCGCCGGGUGCCUCUGGACGAGCGCCGUUUGGUCGACCCGGAUGGGCGGCGGGCGGCGGUGGGAAGCCGCUUCGCCGCAGAAACGCCGCACCGUGAGGAACGGCGUGUGUGA